UAAUGGCUAUACGUAUGUAGUCUGUGGCAGUUUUAGUUUUGACAUUGACGCAAGUCUGGUGUUUAGAAUUUCUUUUUGACUUGUACGUUUAGCCCUGUGGUGAAGUGGGGUUAUUGCAAUCAUGGGGAAGGGAAAUAAUAUGAUUCCUAAUGGCCAUUUCCAUAAGGAUUGGCAAAGAUUCGUAAAAACUUGGUUUAAUCAACCGGCAAGAAAGCACCGCAGAAAGCAAAACAGAAUUAAGAAAGCAAAAGCAAUUGCUCCUAGACCAGCAGCCGGACCUCUCAGGCCAGUUGUACGUUGUCCCACGGUUCGUUAUCACACUAAGGUCCGUGCCGGGCGCGGUUUUACUCUUCGGGAAAUCAGGGCGUCUGGUUUGAAUCCCGCAUUCGCAAGGACAAUUGGUAUUUCCAUUGACCCACGUAGACGUAAUAAGUCUGUGGAAUCCUUACAAAUCAAUGUCCAGAGACUGAAAGAAUACCGUGCACGUCUCAUUCUCUUCCCCAAGGGCAAGAAGGUGCUGAAGGGUGAAGCUAAUGAGGAGGAACGUAAAUUGGCCACACAACUCCGUGGUCCACUAAUGCCCAUACAGCAAUCUGCACCCAAGUCUGUUGCUCGGGUUAUUACUGCAGAAGAAAAGGACUUCAAGGCUUACCAAUACCUCAGAGGGGCUCGGUCAAUUGCUAAACUUGUCGGAAUCAGAGCCAAGAGGCUGAAGGAUGCUGCAGAAAACCCUGAUGAUGUUACUAAAGCUCCAGCUGCUAAAGAAGCAAAAGCUAAGAAGUGAAAUACUUAAUAAACAACUAUAAGUUUA